CAGUCUGGAGGAGAGGGAGGAGGAAGCGGAGAGAGCUUUUAUUUAAGUCCCCGUGGGAGAAAAACCGUCGCCUUCCACCGUCCUUCCCCACGGUCCCUCGCAGCACUACUGGGUCGUUGGAGAGCUUUGCUGCUGGUGGCGCGCAGAGGGACGAGCGCGGGCGCUGCGACUGUUCAGUCCUAGAGGCCCGAAGGCGUCAAAAGAGUAAGCCGGGGGGAGGAGAGAGAAGGAGCGGGCAGCCACAGGCCCCCCACCAUGCCUCGGUCGUUCCUGGUCAAGAGCAAGAAGGCUCACAGCUACCACCAACCCCGAGUCCCCGACGGCGACUACGGCUGCAGCUUGGAGAGCGUCUUGGCUCAGAUCUGCGCAGACAGUACGGUUUCGCAUCUGGCUCUCCCCGAACGGGAUCCCCCGCAAGACCGCCUCUCCCCGGAUUCUCAGCUGCCCGAUGGGGCGGACAGGACCUCCGAUUCCGUCCCCAGCUGCGAAAGCAGCGUGUGUGAUGCGCCCGCCGAGAUCGAGGAUUUCUGGAGACCGCCCUCCCCCUCGGCCUCCCCAGCUUCGGAGCGGUCCAUCUGUCCAUCUUUAGAUGAACCUUCCCACUUCUCACUGCCCCUGAAACCCUACACGUGGAGCAGCCUGGGAAAUACUGAACUGAGACACUUGGUACAGAACUGCAGGCCCUGCUCAACUCUGGAACGUGGUCUCUUCUGUGAGAGGGGAUCUGAGCCUGCUCUGUAUGCAUCAGAGCGUAACUCAUCUUUUGGACUCUAUGGCGACUUUGGGUCUCCUGGACUCUUUGAGCGGCCAACAGCAGCCCCUGGAAUCUUUGUGGAGACCCCAUCUGGACUGCAACAAGAGAAGAGUGCAAAUAGCAUCAAAUUGGAAUCAGAACUCCUCUGUCGCCCUCUGUUGCUCAGCAGUGGCUCCUACAAAUGUGUCAAAUGCAGCAAGGACUUCUCUACUCCGCAUGGCCUAGAGGUGCAUGUUCGUCGUUCACACAGUGGCACCAGGCCCUUCGCUUGUGAAAUGUGUGGCAAGACAUUUGGCCAUGCUGUUAGCUUGGAGCAGCAUAAAGCAGUGCACUCCCAGGAACGCAGCUUUGACUGUAAGAUUUGUGGGAAGAGCUUCAAGAGAUCUUCAACUUUGUCCACACACCUUCUCAUCCACUCAGACACCCGGCCUUAUCCAUGCCAGUACUGUGGAAAGAGGUUCCACCAGAAAUCUGACAUGAAGAAGCAUACUUUCAUCCAUACAGGUGAGAAGCCCCACAAGUGCCAGGUGUGUGGCAAAGCUUUCAGCCAGAGUUCAAACCUGAUCACUCAUAGUCGGAAGCACACUGGCUUCAAGCCCUUUGGCUGUGAUCUGUGCGGCAAAGGCUUUCAGAGAAAGGUGGAUUUGCGGAGACACCGAGAAACACAGCAUGGUCUGAAAUGAGAACGUGGUGGAAUCCGGAAUAACAACAAAAACACUAUGUCAGCGAACUUCCUGUUUCUCCGUGUGGGCUGCCCGUGUCCAGCCUCUGUCUCUCUGGUCUGAUCCUUUGGUUCACUUCCUGCCAUAUUCUCACUAAAAAGGAAGUCAGAGGAAGUUGGUCAGAGUUUUGCAGAAUUUCACUCAAAGGCAUUGGAAUGAAAGUAAAACACCAAGCCUAAAGAGGGUGGGGUGAAAUACCUCUUUCUUUAGAAUUAAACACUGGACAAAUAACAUACGUAUCUGUUCCCCUCCCACUCCCACCUGGUAGCACAAAAGGCCCUAUUUGGAUAAGCUACUGGUAUCUAUGAGCCAGAAAAUUAUUUUUCCCAGUGAAUCCCACAGACUGCUUUGGUUUCCUGAAGGUUAAUUUUCAGGAUUGCCUGGACUUCACAUGGUAAUCACACAAAGUGGUGUGAUAAAGGAGAGUGUGAUUCAUGUUUUGUACCUUUUAAGAGUUAAAACUUCAUGUUUUCAUUAAAUCCUUUUUUGCCGAGGGAUUUUAAAUUGACAGUUAAUGGAGCAGUUGAGAACCGAAGACUGUUUCUGGUUUAUCUUUCCCUCUCUGCAAGGCAGAAAGUGUCUUAUGUGAUUGGAAAACACACAAUUGGCAAGAAGGUCCUGUCCAGUGCUAGAGUGAUAAGAGGAGAUGUGAAGCUCUGUAAGUGUCAU